UCUGUGGUUGCCAGGCAACGAGCAUAAACAGCACAGGAUCAUGGCCACUAACUACAGUGCCAACCAGUAUGAAAAAGCUUUCUCACCCAAAUAUCUGCAGAACUGGUCUCCCGCCAAGGCAACAAAAGAGAGUAUCUCUUCCCAUGAAGGCUACACUCAGAUUAUCGCCAAUGAUCGUGGUCACCUAUUGCCUUCAGUGCCCCGUUCCAAGGAAAAUCCUUGGGGUUCCUUCAUGGGCACCUGGCAAAUGCCUCUGAAGAUACCUCCUGCUCGGGUGACCCUGACCUCCCGUACAACUGCUGGUGCUGCCUCCCUUACCAAAUGGAUACAGAAAAAUCCUGAUUUACUGAAGGCCUCCAACGGGCUGCGUCCUGAAAUCUUAGGCAAGCCCAAUGAUCCAGACAGUCAGAAGAAACCUAAGAAGUCUACCACAAAAACUGUACAACAAGCACCAAGUCCAAUUGUAAUUCCAACCUCCCCAGCUAUUAACCUCAAUUCCCCAGAUCAACUCCAAAGUCCACAUCCCUCUGCAGGUCAUACUCCAGGUCCCCAAAGCCCAGCCAACUCUCCGAAGAACCCACCUGGAAACCUAUGCAUGCUAGAUCACUGGGCAGGUCCUAAUGUAGCUGAGAUCCAGAAAUGCAAACCUGGAACUUCAGAAGGAACCAAGGAGCCACAAUGAGAAAACCUGUUAGAGACUAAGUAAAGUAAAGAUCCCCAGUCAGGAAUGUGAAAGAGGGUAAUUAUGGGGUGGUAGUAAAGGAAAUUUGGAAAAUAAAUAUUGUUUGUUAAAGCUUUUAUUGAUCUGGAUUUUCUCCAUCUGCUAUGGCUGCCUCUGAUAAGCCAUAACGAGAAGGAAGGUUGGGGGAAACAGAACAGAGAAAAGAACAUGACAGGGGUUUGGGAUAUAACACAUUUCUAUAAGAAUUGAGUCAGUUAUACUCCAGAAAUGACCAAGAGAAAGUUGGUCUUAAUCACAGCAAAAGGGCAGAACCUCAAAGAACCAGUCCCUCACCCUUACCCACUCAUCUUUCAUACUGAGCAUGCACAGCUAGCAACUUCAAAAUUAGAAGUAGAUUUGUUUAGUAGAGUAUGUGUAUGUGUGUUUGGAGAAGAUGGGGAAGAAAAAAUAUGAAAAACCAAAGUAGACACUAUCCUUGUCUAAGACUUUAUAUGUAAGCAAAAGUAAAAA